AUGGCUUCACGAUUUCCGCGCCAACGUGAUCCCCGCGGAUCCUCCUCUCUCUUCGAUCAAUACGGUGGCGAUUCCCGCCAGCCCAGCAGAUCGCCAGCUCCUGCAGGCGGAUAUGGAUAUGGAGACUAUUCCAGUCCAGCGCAUAAUGGCUACUCAAACAAUGGUGCAGCCGGGAGAGGAUAUCAGAACGCAUCACCCGACAAGAAAGGACAUUACUCCGACGCAGUUCUCUCAUCACUCGAAUCACAAAAUGAUGCCGAAGUCGAAGGCAUCAGCGCUAAAGUCAAGAUGUUGAAAGAUAUUACUCUUGCAAUUGGCGAUGAAAUUCGCGACACCACACAUAUGGACGACCUCAACAGCUCUUUCGAAAACACCCGAGUCCGAAUUCGAGGAAACAUGAACCGCAUGCUUCGCAUGGCCGAGAGCACCGGCGUCGGCUGGCGAGUAUGGCUUGGGUUCUUCUGCGCUGUCUUCCUCCUAUUCUUCUAUGUGUGGAUAUUCUGA